AAAAGAAAGUUCGCCAUCGCCACCCCCUCUUUGGGCUUUGCCUCUUUAUCUUCUUCCUCCUGCAAGCACCCCUCCUCUCGCUUGCUUCCACUGCUCCUCCCGUCUCAUUCUCUCUCAUCUUCGAUUGGGAGAGCCCCAUAUCCAGCACUGUAGCCUGCAGGAGGCAGCUCCUGUUGUCUGGCCGGCCGGCUUUAUGGCCAUCACCUCAUCUGCAGCGAGUCCAAGUACAACCACAGGGGCGGGUCACAGUGCAGUAACUCCGCUGCGGUCACUCGCGCGGCCUCGUCACCCGUCUCGUCGCGUCGCCAUGGAUUCUUGAUAGGGGGUGCUUGGGAGUGAGUGCUCGACGGCGAGAUCGAGAGCUUUCUGGUACGGUGGUGCCGCACACUGCAUUUUACUCUGCGCACGCCGGAGCUGAUCUCACCGUGUUGCAUUAGCUUGUGAGUUCCUGGUGUUUUCAGUUGGAGCUUUUAUGUUGGUUCUUGAUCUGCUCUCGCCGUCUUGGUGUGUGGGCCUUGAGUUGGGGAUGAGUUCUUGGCGUUUCUUGAUUGCUGAUUCUUGGUGAUCCGAUCCGAUCCGAUCCCUGCGUGCUCGCGCGGGCGCAAGAUGAGCAUCCCGCACCUGUUCAGGUGCCCGAUCAGCCUGGACAUCUUCACGGACCCCGUGACGCUGUGCACGGGGCAGACGUACGACCGCCCCUGCAUCGAGCGGUGGCUCGCCGCCGGCCACCGCACGUGCCCCGUCACAAUGCAGCCGCUCGGCGACGCCGCGCUCGUGCCCAACCGCACCCUUCGCCACCUCAUCGAGCGCUGGCUCUCCGCCGACCAGCAGGUCCCCGAGCCAACGGCCGCCGCCGAUGACGACGGCGACGCGGAGGAGGAGCCGUCGCUCGCGGCGCUCAAGCGCUGCCUCCAGUCCGGCGCCGGCGCCGGCGCCAAUGCCAAGGUGGCCGCGCUCAAGAAGGUCGCCACGCUGGCGUCCGAGUCCGACGUCGGCCGCGCGUGCAUGCUCCAGCUGGAGUUCCUGCCCGUCCUGCUACAGCUCGUCUUCCACCCGCCGGCGCCGUGGGACCUGUCGGAGCAGGAGGAGCUGGCGCUCCAGUGUGCGCUGAGCCUGCUACCGGCAAGCCCGACCUCGCCGCAGCACGACUGCCUCAACAUGCUCAAGACGGAGGCGAGCCUGGCGUCCUUCGUGCGGCUCCUGGGGCGCGGGCGCGCCCGGGUCAGGGCGGGCCUGUGCCGGCUCCUGGAGGUGAUCGCCACGGCCGCGACGACGCGGGAACUGGCGCUCGCCGCCGCCGCCUCGCCGCGCGUCUGGCAGGCGCUCCUGCCGCUCCUGCAGCACGGGGACGGGCGUGUCUCGGGCGCCGCAGCGCGCGCGGUCGCGGCUGUCUGCUGCGCAGACGAGCCCGCGCGCGGCGGCGCCGUCGACCACGGCGCGGUGCCCGCGCUCCUCAAGUGCCUGUCGUGGGCGUCGGCGGGUAAAGGGGGAUGCUGCGGCGCCGCGACGGUGUCGAGCGCGCUGGCGGCGCUGGAGGCGCUGGCCGCGUCGGAGGCCGGGCGCAGGGCGGUGGCGCACGAGCCCGGCGCGGUGCGGGCGCUGGUGAGGCACGUGUUCAUGAUGUCGUCGAGCAACGAGGGCAGCGAGCACGCGGCGGCGGCGCUGCUGGCCGUGUGCAGGGAGUCGAGGGCGGCGCGGAGCGAGGCCGCCGGCGCCGGGGUGGUGACGCAGGUGCUGCUGCUGCUGCAGAGCCAGUGCGGCACUAGGGCCAAGGCCAAGGCGAGGUCCCUGCUCAAGCUGUUCAAGUCCAUGUGAAGCAAGCGGUUAGCUUAGGUGGUUAGAUGUUCUUGGCUCUCAAGCUGUAAGUCCGGCAUCAAGAACAUCUGCUAAUUAAUUUCAUGGAUAAUUCUUGUAAGCUGCAUUAAGAAUGUCAGCUAUUUUCAUAGCUUGCAGCCAGGUUCCAUGCCAUCUUGCAAUGCUGGAGAGUGGAGACGAUGGCCCGGGAGAUUAACUCGGGUUAUUUCAUGGUCGAAAACCAAAUCAGAUGGUUUUGACUGGAACCUUAAUUUAUAUAUAAAUAUAUAGUAUAUAUAUUCUGUUUUCCA